CAGGAGAAACACGAUGAAGGAGAAGUCCAAGACUGCUGCUCGGACGAGACGAGAGAAAGAGAACAGUGAAUUUUACGAACUGGCCAAGAUGCUGCCUCUGCCCUCGGCCAUCACGUCUCAGCUGGACAAGGCGUCCAUCAUCCGACUGACCACCAGCUACCUUAAAAUGAGGAUCGUGUUCCCUGAAGGGUUAGGAGAAGCUUGGGGCCACACAAGUCGAACCAAAUCUUUGGACAACGUGGGUCGGGAGUUAGGAUCACAUCUCCUGCAGACAUUAGAUGGCUUCAUUUUCGUGGUGGCUCCGGAUGGAAAAAUAAUGUACAUCUCCGAGACUGCGUCCGUGCAUUUGGGUCUGUCUCAGGUAGAGCUCACCGGGAACAGCAUCUACGAGUACGUGCACCCAGCCGACCACGAUGAGAUGACAGCGGUGCUCACCCCACAGCAGCCCUGCCAUACACACUUCCUUCAAGAGUACGAAAUUGAGCGCUCUUUCUUCCUGAGGAUGAAAUGUGUUCUGGCGAAAAGAAACGCGGGCCUAACUAGCGGUGGAUACAAGGUCAUACACUGUAGCGGCUACCUGAAGAUUCGCCAGUAUAGCCUGGACAUGUCACCUUUCGAUGGCUGUUACCAGAACGUGGGCCUGGUGGCUGUUGGCCACUCUCUGCCUCCGAGCGCCAUCACAGAGAUCAAGCUGCACAGCAACAUGUUCAUGUUCCGGGCCAGUCUCGACAUGAAGCUUAUCUUCCUGGACUCCAGGGUGGCAGAUCUCACGGGGUAUGAGCCUCAGGACCUGAUUGAGAAGACCCUGUAUCACCAUGUUCACAGCUGCGACACUUUCCACCUGCGAUGUGCCCACCACUUGCUGCUGGUGAAAGGACAGGUGACCACAAAAUACUAUCGUUUUCUGGCGAAGCACGGAGGCUGGGUGUGGGUGCAAAGCUACGCCACCAUCGUCCACAACAGCAGGUCGUCACGGCCACACUGCAUCGUCAGCGUCAACUACGUUCUGACGCAUACAGAAUACAAGGGAUUGCAAAUGUCACUGGAUCAGAUGACAUCCAGCAAAAACUCAUUGUCGUACCCAACCUCUGAUAACAGGAAGGGAAGCAAGUCCCGAGCUACACACAACAAGACAAAAUCACGGCUAUCCCCUUAUCCACAGUACACCGGCUUUCACGCAGAGCACUCAGAGUCCGACCAAGACAGCCAGUGGGGCGGGAGUCCCUUGGCGAGUUCCUCCUCCCCACAGCUGCAAGAGCAUGUGGAGGGUCUGGACACAUCUUGUGCCUACCGGCAGUACCCCGACCCCUCUGCCCUUUACCAUGGCCUGGCCCUCCACACGGAGAGCCAGAGCCAGGGCUGCGACCGUGGCUGCUGCGAGGCCGGCAGGUAUUUCUUGGGUGCACCUCAUACCGGGCGCGAGUCCUGGUGGGGGGCUGGCCGCGCUGUGGUGCCCCUCCCCAGAUCGCCACUGGAGAACGGCGAGGGAUUCAGUGUAGCUGUACCCCCAGUCAUAUCUACCCACAGCAUCCAUGUGAGAAGUCACUGGGAUGAAGAGAGCAUGGUGAGCUCUCCAGAUGGGGGCUCAGCCAGCGAUUCGGGGGACCGUUACCGGGGCGACCACUUCAGGGCCAGCCCACAGGACCCCGGCAAGAGUGAGACGCUCAUCCGAGCCACGCAGCACAUGAUCAAAGAGGAGGAAAGUCGUGUGCAGAUGAGCAAGGGCUCCCUGGACCCCCUGGGAGCUUCAGACGGUCCCUCCAAAGCCCACGCUCCCUGCUUCGCCACUGAGGUGGCCCACGUGGCGCUACCAGGAGUGGUGUGCCGCGGACCUGGGGUCCCCGAGCUCGCUCACAAGCACCUUCCGCACGGUGACAAUAAGGGGACCAGUCCCCAUGGUGAAGAGAGCAGCCCCACCCCACUCUCUCGCGUCAGCAGUCCUGGUCUGGAUAGGAUCUCCAAGCCCAGCCUGGCCCUCAGCAAGGACUACAUGCAGACAGACCUUUCACCGCUCUGUGCUCCCUCCCCAACUCUGCCCAGGCAGUACCUGGAGAGACAGGCGGCCUACUCCUUCGCAGGGUACACGUUGGAGCACCUCUACGACUACCCGCACUACGACGUCACGUCACACCUGCGUAUGAAGGGGGACCAGACGCAGGGCCACAAGGGGACGUCUGUCAUCAUCACCAAUGGAAGCUGACCGCCAUCCAGGAAGGCUGCCUUCCCGGUCCUGUGUUGAAGCUCCUACUCACACUGCCUCUGGGCCUGCUGGAACGGAAUGGAGCCUGUGCUUCUCUUUUAAAACGAAACAUGCAAAACAAGCCAUCCUACAUAUUGUUCUCCAGUCUCGCCGGGUUAAAUUUUAACUGUUUCCCUGCAUGCCAGCAGAGUUAAACAUCAGCUUGGCUGUUUGGCCGUGUCCUGUUUCUGCAGCAGUGCUCGCAGUGCAGAAAUGGCAAAAAAUGACAUCCAGCCAGGGCAGGGCAGGGCAGGGCAGGGCAGAGCAGGGCUAAGGGGAAGCACGGAACUGACCCGUGUCCGCCGUGCCGGUCUGCUGUGUCACUGUAAUGUUACACAUUCACACAAUGCAGAGAAUAUGCAAUUUUAUUGUGCUUAAGAAACCUCACAAUGAAAGGAAGAGAGGUGAAGUCAUUUUGAACAUGUGGAAUUAAUGAGAUGCAGAGGGCAAAUGAAGCCUACCUGUUAGUUA